GGCCCUUGAGGGCCCAUGAGGGACCCAAGGCCCAACUGCUGCGUGGUACAUCAGGAUGACUUCUUCAAGCCCCAAGAUCAGAUUGAAGUUGGUGAAGAUGGCUUUAAGCAGUACGAUGUCAUCACUGCUUUGGACAUGGACGCCAUGAUGAGUACGAUCUACGCGUGGCUGGAGAACCCGGUGAAGUUUGAGAAGUCUCAUGGCGUUAAUAACACCCUGGACACAGAGAUCGUCCCGAAGUCCGACCACAAGGAGGAGGAGGAGACUCACAUCCUCAUUGUGGAGGGCUUCCUGCUUUACACCUACAGGCCUUUGAUCGACGUGCUAAACCAACGUUACUUUAUUUCCAUCCCAUAUGAAGAAUGCAAAAAGAGGAGGUGCUCUAGGAACUACACGGUGCCAGACCCCCCCGGCCUGUUCGAUGGCCACGUCUGGCCCAUGUACCUGCAACACAAGAACAUCUAUGAAGCCAAAUUCACAUAUCAGUAUUCAACAGUGGGUAAUUUCAAACAAAUCACAAUGAGGUAAGUAAGCUUUCAACAA